AAUUGCUGAUCUGUUUCACUGUCCUCUCCUCCACCAUUAUGAAAGGUUUCGCGCAUAUCCAGGGGGAGGCGUGCCAGGCCGUUUCUAGUGUUCCAAGAGAGUGUAUGCCAGACAUUGCGCUGCUGGCAAUCGCGGAGUCGAGCGGGAAACAAAGGGCAGUGUGGAGUCAUCAGAAUACCGAAGGGGCUCUAGGUUCGGCAUCGGCUACAACUCAGAUGCAUUGAGCCAUGUGAGGGAGGCAACGUUUCACUGGUGUAAUAGCAAGGACAGUGUACAGUGUACUCCAUUGACGGGUUGAGCGCUGCUCCCCCCAAAACAGCCGUCUCAGUGGCCACACCAAAUGGGAGGUGGCAAAGAGGUAUACAGAAUAUAAACUGUUUUGGAAAUUGAUUAAAAUAAUUAGGGUAAAUAUAUUAGAGAACCAGUGACAUCGGCUACAUCAUCUCUACACGGCGAUCGUUUACUACGCUGAGUGACUUUUUGACAAACAUAGGCUACUGAGAUGUCGGAGGAUUUAACACAGCAGGAGAGACUCCAGGCCAUAGCUGAGAAGAGGAAGAGGCAGACGGAGAUCGAGAACAAGAGGAGGCAGCUGGAGGAUGACCGCAGACAGCUCCAGCACCUCAAGUCCAAAGGGCUGAGGGAGAGGUGGCUGCUGGACGGAGCGCCAUCUGGUGGCGCAGAGGAAGAUGAGACCCAGCAGCGCCUACGGGCCGAUGAGAUCAAGACCAAACUUUUGGAGCAGUCAGUUCUAAGACUGGAACAGGAACUGGAGGAGCUGGAAACGGGCGUUCCCAUUAAGAAAACAGCUGGAGAUGCCACUGCAGGCUCUAUGAAAGAAAAUGGUGUUCAGCAGCCUAGUCCCAAUGCCACAGGAGAUCCAACUGCCAAAAAGCACAUCAUGGGCGUUGAGGCGAAGCUGCAGUGCACCAACCCUGACUCGGCCAUUGAGAACGCCUCUGCCGAUCAUCCUGUCACCAUGGUGUUCAUGGGCUACAAGAAUGUGGAGGACGAGGCCGAGACGGAGAAGGCCCUGGGGCUGGACGGGGGCACGGUGAAAGCCGAGUUUGUGGUCAUCGAGGACGGCGAGAGCAAAGCGGCCAACGAGGGAGCCAAGGAGCAGGCGCCGCCCAACGGCAGCAGCGCCGAGAAGGAGAAGGGCCAAGAGGAGACCGCCGAGAAGGGAGACAAGACAGACGAGGCAAACGAGAAAGAGAAGAAGUCUUGCAAGUGCUGUACCAUCAUGUGAGCAGUCUCCCUCACCCAUGAGGACGAGCAGACUCUUAUGGAAACAAAGCAGAACAAACCACAAUGCCACACACACAAAAAAAAAACUGAAGUAUACGCUGUAUACUUGUUAUUGGUUUGGUGUCAAUAUGUAUUUUCUUUUUUAUUUUAAGUAAUAUUUUUCUAUUUUUCUGUCGUGACAUUUAUAUACAUAUAUUUUAAUUAUAUAAUCUAAUGAAAGUCAGUAUUAUUGCUUGAAGUCUGGAACAGCAGAAUGUAGGAAAGAACUUCUACCUGACGUUGAUCUUUCAAAAAAAAGACAACUGCCUUUUUUACAUUCAUUGUAAUGAGACAAUAUAAACUCUCUUUGGUUAUUUUUGGUUAUUUAAACAAAGGAAGGACAAGAUCAUCUCUCUCUAAAUGAUUAUUUAUCUCUCUGUCUUGCAUUCUUUAUCACUACAAUGAAAUUAUUGUUAUUGUAAUAAUGUAUCACACAAUGUUGUUUGUUAAUUUGUGUUUGUACUUGUUUUCUUACCCAUCCCUAGCCACUGUGAGCUUUGGUGCAGUCUCUGUCCUAUCACAUAUUCAUUUGCAGUCACCAUAGUGCAAAGUUGUGUGGAAUAAUGUAUGACUGUUCAUUUGGAGAAGGAUCAUGAGUAUCAAUAUUCUGCAUCUUUUACAGCCUAUUUUUUUUACAGCAUAAACUUUGUCUUUACAGCAGUAAUGUCAAGGGAGUGUCAGAUGAGCGGCAAACAGAUUAUGUAGCCUACCAUUCAAUCUCCCAAAUUGCUGAAAGCCACACAAGGACAGCUAUUCAUCCAUUGAACUGUUAAUUUUGUGUGCAGUGGGUAGACACAUGUUGUUGUUUGACGGUGGUAUUGUUAUUGACCUGACUGCCUUUAAUUAAUACUAUUUGUGUCUCUUCUUUCUUGAAAAAAAAUCUAUAUGGGAGACUGUAACAUUUUUGUUAAGAAUUAUUACACAAAGCUGUAAAAAAAGAAAGUGCAGCAGGCUAAAUUACAGGGAUGUUUAUUGGCAUCAAUGUUCCAAUAACUUUUAUCGUAUUCUCUGUCCACACAAGAUAAUAUCAGGGCUAUAAAAAUGUCUUUCACAUUCCAGAACACACACAGCCAGGAUGUUCCAAAUGUACAGUUGUGCAGUCACAGUGAUGCUACUGCUCUGAUUAAUGUUACUUUGUACUUGCGUGAAACACAAUGUCUGUGGAUUUCAAAUAUGUAUGUCAUAAGUAAUAUAGGUGCUUUAUUGGUCUGACCAAUGCCUGUUUUGGUCCAUGUGUUAAAUCAGGAUAAAUAAUAAAUAUAAUGUUUGUUUACAACAAUGUUGUGAAUGGGACAUUAAUGUAUAAUGAU